AUGAUAUCUUACAAAUUAUUAAAAUUACAAUUAUUACUAAUACUAUUACUACUGCAAUGGACUACAGCUAGGGGAAAUAGUCACAACAAGAGGUCUUUGCCUCUAUUAGACCCAGAAAAGGUUACUAACGAAACGAAAAGUCUACCGAAUAGAAGCACCAUACCCAACUACAUACUGGACAACUGUCCGAUGGUGCACCUUAAUAGUGAGGAAAAAUAUUACCCAAUUGAUAUAGUAGAGUUUAUCAAACAUUUUAAGUUGACAGACGCACACAAUAACACAAUAAGGGAGAAUCUGACCAUACAAGACUUGAAACCCAUAUAUGUCACUCGGUUUCCUAAUGGUACAAAACAAUAUAUUCCCAGUUCAGAGACAUUCCUCACAUGUCUGGAUGAUUUUACGAAGGAUCCUUCCUGGAUCUUUGGUAACAAACCAAGCUUCGACACCGGAUACAUUAAAAAUUCACCAUCACUAUUAAUAGUCGUGGAUAAAGGUAAUGGAUGGGUCGAUGCCUUUUGGUUUUACUUCUACGCAUUUAAUCAAGGUCCAUUUGUCAUGUCAAGUGGUCCCUGGGGGUCUCAUUUAGGAGAUUGGGAACACACAUUGGUAAGAUUCCACAAUGGAGUGCCCAAAUAUGUCAGGUUAAGUGCACAUAGUGGUGGUGAUGCUUACCGUUUUACCAGUUUAGAAAAACUAGAUACCAUGGGUGGAGUGGAAAGACGUGUCAUCUUCAGUGCAUAUGGUACACAUGCCAAUUAUGCCUCAUCAGGUCAAUUCUCUCAUGAUUUACCAUCUGAAUUAUUUUUCAUGCCCUUAAGUGAUUUCACUGAUAGAGGUAGGAUUUGGGAUCCACUUUUGAAUUUUUACGCUUAUAGGUUCGAUGGAGUUUCAUUUUGGCCCCAAGGUGAAAGAGAAAAGGAAUUGGGCGUGGAAUGGUUAUAUUGGAUGGGUCGUUGGGGUGAUGAACAAUUACCAUUGACGGACCCAAGGCAAACUUGGUUUCCUAUUGUUCAAUGGAAAUACGUGGUGGGACCUAAGGGGCCCCUCUUUAAACAAUUGGAUAGGUUGACCAUAUGUGGUAAUAAUAAAUCAAAGUUUAGAGGUGGAUGCUUUAUUAGAAAAUUAAUUAAGAGAGGUAGUGGGUUUGAAGCUACUGAAGUGGAAAACACAGGUGAUGGAUGUGGGGUACUAUUAUAUAAGAUUAGACCCAAAUGGCUAAGAAGCAUCUUUAGAUUUUUUCUUUGGAGAGGAAUCGUAUGCUACUUAAUGGAUUAUUACACGGGGUGA